CCGGGGGGGAAUUGCUUCAUUAUCCCAACCAAGCCGCCCGCCGUACCUGCUUCGUGAAGAGAUUAAAGAAUCAAAAACGUUCUCCGACGGCGUCUUACUUGGAUUGGAUAGGCAUUUUAGCUUCGCUUCAGAUUUCGUGUGGUGUUGGGACAUAGCCUGGAGAGGGCACGAUACGGACGGCACCGAAACCGUAAACGAUGUCGAGGACACGAGGUCCACCGCGGCGGGCAAGUAGAGACAAGGCCGCUGGUUUGGGCCUAGAGGAGACUCAAGCAAGAGUACAGCAGUCGAACGUCGAGACUCGGCGGCGCGAGUACCGUCCGAUUGCGGCGCAGCCACCGACGUCGGCUCCCGGGCCGGACCCCUUCCGAUACCCCCCAUCCUCGGCCGGACUUCUGCCCCCGACCAACCCCGACACGGCCCCCGCCGGACUUCGCUCAAAAAACACGCAGAUGGAAGACGUUCCAACGGACGCAGAGCAUCUCGCAAGUGGAUGCCCGGGAUCGGAUACUGUUCGCGACGAGACAGCCGCGUUGGCGGAAUACACCUAUUCGAUAUACAACCAUGGCACGUGGACAGCCGAAGAUGACAGGACGCUGAUCCAGGCCCGAACGCGCGGGCAGAAUUGGGCCGACCUGCAGCGGACGCAUUUCCCGACCAAAACAGCCAACGCAUGCCGCAAACGGUACGAGCGGCUUGUCGAGCGGCAAGGAAUACACGAUCAUAGCGGUCGGAGGUUGGAGAUGGUGGCCAACGAGUAUAUGAACAUGCGCAAGGAGAUCUGGUCUCCUCUUGCGAACCGGCUUGAGAUGAAGUGGGAGGUUGUCGAGGCCCUGUGCAUGGGGGCUGGCCUGAGGGCGAUCCAGUCUAACGCAAGGUCGUACACCAACAGAGCGCGGCGGGACAACAGGAUAUCGCAGAAGACGCGGGAGGCGCAGGCCGAUGCGGCGUCAGUCGGUCCGGUGUCAGGAGCGCUGCCGGUUGGGACCGAGUUUGGGACGGCGUUUACCGGACGCGGCUACGACCAACUAGGACACGCGGACCGCGGGACCCUGACAGGGAACAGAAGUAACACAGGCCUCAUGCCGCCGCCCCCAUUCAUCCCGGGGCCCGGCCACGCAAACAGCACCUGCCUGCCGCCUAUAAUACCCACGCCGCAGGUUUCUUUCCAAGGGCACAUGGACGGCACGCCGUGGUCCUUGGCGGGACCAUCUCGGCCGGGUGCAGCCGCCGACCCUCCGCUGUCAAGUAGUAGACCUCCGGGCUGGCAGGGUACCAACUUUCCGGGCCCUGGGUGAGAUGUACCUGAU